UGCCUGGCCACGUCACCGCCCGGCGGCCGGGAUCGCGAGGAACCGGUAGGCGCGGGCCGAGCCUGGGGCGCUGCGAGGCGGUGACCGGGGACGUGGCAGCCGCCCCGCGCGCCGGAAAGUUUGCUGGGAGUUCGCUGCUGGGUGCGCGCAGGACCAGUGGGCUGGGCCAUGAACGUGUUCCGAAUCCUCGGCGACCUGAGCCACCUCCUGGCCAUGAUCUUGCUCCUGGGGAAGAUCUGGAAGUCCAAGAGCUGCAAGGGCAUCUCUGGGAAGAGCCAGCUCCUUUUUGCCCUUGUCUUCACCACCAGGUACCUGGACCUCUUUACCAACUUCAUUUCCAUCUACAACACAAUAAUGAAGGUGGUUUUUCUUCUCUGUGCCUAUGUCACAGUGUACAUGAUCUAUGGGAAAUUCCGUAAAACAUUUGACAUUGAGAAUGACACAUUCUACCUGCAGUUUCUUCUGGUUCCUGUCAUCGGCCUUUCCUUCCUGGAGAAUUAUAGUUUCACACCCCUGGAGAUCCUCUGGACCUUCUCCAUCUACCUGGAGUCAGUGGCCAUCUUGCCCCAGCUCUUCAUGAUCAGCAAGACUGGAGAGGCCGAGACCAUCACCACACACUACCUGUUCUUCCUGGGGCUGUACCGCGUACUCUACCUGGCCAACUGGAUCAGGCGCUACCAGACUGAGAACUUCUAUGACCAGAUCGCAGUGGUGUCUGGGGUAGUGCAAACUAUCUUCUACUGCGACUUCUUCUACUUGUACGUGACCAAAGUUCUUAAAGGAAAGAAGCUAAGUCUUCCAAUGCCAAUUUGAGGGCUUCAAAGAUGACCUACACCUUAAAAAGGACACGGAAGGAAUCAUGGGUGAUUCCUUACCCAUGACUUGCAAUCGUAGAAUGCCAGAAAAAUGCAUGGUAUGGAUUUAAGCAAACAACUGGUUAUUUCACUGAGACCUCACAGCAGCAACUUCUAAGUCCUCAAUGGGGGUGAUGAAAAGUAGAGGCCAAUUGCAGUCUGGGGCUAAUAUUCACUGAAACCUUUAGGUGACUCACCCACGAAUGGAAUAUAGGUACUUUAAAGCCCUGGCACGGGACUCCUGCCAGUCACAACCAUCUGGAAAGACAGCCUGUUUUUAAGAAUGCCCCAACUAAAGUUUAGCUGGAACGUUGGGGGCCAGUUUUUUCUUUUCAGCUAGACCAAAUAGUUACUCAGGAUAUAAUGGUGUUAAGCUUUUAAAAGGCAAUGUCAUCUUCCAGUUUUCAAGCCACAAGUUUAGUACUAGCUUGGGCAGAAAGUGACAUCAUUUGUGUCUCACCUUUCAAACUUUACUAUCGUUCAUGUGAACCCUGUACUCAAUCCCAAAUGCCAGCUUAGGUGGCACCACUGCCAUUAUCAUUAUUUUAUUGAUCUACUAAAACCACCAUUACCUACCAAGUAUCCUGCCCUGUUAAAGGCUUGCACUAAGACCAAUCAUCCCACUUCCUUUGAUUUUUAGGUGCUAAUAUGAUUAGUCCAUCGAAUACCCAACUUGUCUUGAAAUGUUUUGAACAAUAAAAAAUUCACACCUUA